UGAGAGAGAGAGAGAGAGUUUGUGUGUAAGUAUGUGCAGAGAGACAUCAACAGGGCCGCAACCAGAGCUUCCAUGGAAGCCAAAGAUCGUGCUCUCUGUCCUUUCUGCCCUGACGGACGCCUUACAGCGUCCCAACGGCACCAUGAACCGCCGUAUACACGAUUUCGUUGACCUGAAAGCCAAAGCCAGAGAUAUACCCGUUAGAGGCGUAAAAACCUCCGAUGUAACCGUCGACGCCACCCGAAACCUCUGGUUUCGUCUCUAUACACCUACCGACAACGCCGCCAAAGCCGACGUCACCCUCCCCGUCAUUGUCUACUUCCAUGGCGGAGGUUUCGCCUUCUUCAGCCCCGGCUCCAUUUUCUACCACGAUUUCUGCCUCAGAUUGGCACGCAAGAUACCCGCUAUCGUUAUCUCCGUCAACUACCGUCUCGCACCUGAGCACCGCUUUCCAUCACAGUACGAAGAUGGCUUUGAGACUCUCAAGUUCCUCGACGACGCAAAAAUCCCCAAUUUUCCAGAGAACGCCGAUCUUUCGAAGUGCUUUCUCGCCGGCGACAGUGCCGGAGCAAAUCUUGCUCACCACGUGGCUAUCAGGAUCGGAGAGGCGGAAUUCAGGAACGUGAGAGUGAUCGGACAGAUAUCGAUACAGCCAUUCUUCGGCGGCGAAGAGAGGACGGAAUCGGAGAUCCGGCUUACGAAGGCAUACUUGGUGACGAUGCCAAGAACGGAUUGGGUAUGGAGGGUUUUCUUGCCGGAAGGGGAGAACAGAGACCACGAAGCGGUGAACGUGACGGGGCCGAAGGCUGUGAAUAUAAUGGGGGUAAAGUAUCCUGAAACGAUGGUGGUGGUGGGAGGUUUCGAUACGUUGCAGGAUAGGCAGAGGGAGUUCUGCAAAUGGCUUAGAAGGUCUGGGAAAGAAGUGAAACUGAUAGAGUAUCCAAGUGCAGUUCAUGCUUUUUAUUUUUUCCCUGAACUUCCUGAAACUUCACAGUUGAUGGAGGAGGCAAGAGAUUUUGUUCAUCAAAUUUCUGAUAAGAUGAGAGUUGAAGUGAGUAAAUCAAAAACAUGA